AUGCUGACAAAGAGGAAGCCGAGUGCCGUCUUCUUGGACGCUCUACACCAAACUGUAAAUGAGAGCGAAAACACGGUUCAGAGUUACCUUGAAGCCAAUGUGGAGAAAGAACUACACCGGGCAACCAGUCCUCACCAAUUGUACAGGUUUCAGAAACCAGAGAAUUUCAGUUACGAUCUUCGUCGCACGAGGUUGCCAGCGUCUCAGAGGGUGCGUCUAAAGAAGAACGAUUCGGUUAGUGGGCACACAAACGUCCCUGCUGACAGUGAAGACCACUAUGCUGCCGGCUCGGUGACUACAGCGUUGUCGCUAUGGGAUACUCAACUAGAAGAAAAGGACAGUGAGAUUCUGCGAAUGAUUCAGAAAGCUAUCCGUCCUCCCACCAAGAGGUCUAUCACCCAUGUGGCCCCAGAUGAUGCAGCUGCUAUUCGUGGUCUGAGAACAGAUGAAGACUGUAUUGCUUUCUUUGCUGCUAAUGGAUCGAGCAGCCAAGUCAAAUACGUCUACUUGAACCGUGCACCUCAAGUGCUGGACUUUAGGCCGUAUGAUCUUUCUGUCUGCCCUGCGAAGCGCGGAGUGGAAGAAAAAGAGCACUAUAUUAUGAGUGCAACGGGGGUUGUGCACGUUAGACCUGGUCAACCCUCUGAAGUAGUGAGCUUGGCAGAGUGGAUGAGGGAGUCGUCCCUGUUUGAUGUUCUGAGGAAGAUCCACUUCUUCAAGACAUACCUGGUGUAUAAGGCUUUCUUUCGAUGGUACCGAAACCUUCGAGCCCAGCAGUUCCUCAAAACACGAAAGGCACUAUCAAAGGAGUUGCUAUUGUCGAAAGCAACGUUUAGCACACCUAUUUUGGAGGUUCUUAAGAGUUCAUACGAGCUGAACACACACUCACCUGUGCUGUAUGAAGCUCAGGGCAAACAUGAUUAUACUGUUGAGGACUUCAGGACACAGCAGACAAAGCAGCGUCAGAAGACCAGCGCCUCGUUUGGAACCUGCAUAGAACGCAUCGAAGCAGACGUCACGAAGCUGAUUGAAGCCAUGAGAGCGAAGGCGGAUGUUCCUGAUCUCAAUACAAGAGAGGCGUUGGAGCAAUAUUUGCUUGCCAAUGCAAUCGUCACGGGAACAAAAACCCUUCGUUCCCAGCGAAAGAUGAAGUCGAUGCAUGACGCCAAGGAGGAGCAGUUUCAGCGGAUGCGAGAACUUAAGCGCAGUAUGGUGGAGUACUCUAAGCUUGAUGAGUUUAUCCGUCUUGUGGACUGCAUCACGUCUGAAACUGUAUUCCGUUCUAUUCUAUUGGCCACCCAGACACUGUUCAACACGCUCAAGAAUCAAGGCGGCCAGGAGUUGCGGUCCAUUGGUUUUCAGGUCUUACUGCAGCCAACACAGACGGAGCUGCUGUUUAAUCCACCUGAAAAGGCCAUUCGGGUAGUUUGCGUGGAAGUUAUAAGUGGAUGUAUGGAGGUGGCGGUCUCGGUGGCACGCUUGUGUAACCAAAAACAUCUGAAAACCUUUUUCCUGAAAUCACCGCGUGCCUGGAAUAUGGGUAAUGAACUUGAGAUGGAUGCACGUAUGGUGUACCUUCAGGAUAGCAUCCUACGAUUGGUGAGCCAGGAUUAUGCCCACGCCAACAUGAAGAUGCAAACCUAUGCUAUCACUCUGCCUCACAUCCAUUUUCUUGAGAGAGAAUGGAGUGAUAUCUUGGCUCAAUGGGAAGAAGACACUGGGGAAAAACCUUUGACAUGCUUAAGUUUGUCCAAACUGUACGGUAAACUCCAGGAGGCUCAUGAUACACUGCGCGUUUUGAUGGCGUCAUCCGUGGGCAACAUGCUGUGGAUCAACGCUGCUAAGUUGAAGACUGAAAUAGAGCCACGCAUGCGGAUUCUGCGCGAUGGUAUUGAUGCAACGCUCCGAAUCAUUACAAAGAAUAUUGUAACACAGCUGCAUACUCUUUUCAAGAAGAAGAACCAAUUACUGAAUGAACGUCCUGCGCAGCUUAGAGAUUUCGCGGAGUAUGUGGCGAACUACAAGGCUAUUGUGAAUGAGGCACCUGAGACAGAGGCUAUGGUUGCGCAAGCGGAUGCUCUCUGCGAGUUGAUGGAUCGCCAGCAGGUCGAGUUCUUGGAAGAUGAAGAUAAACAACUCAAGGAAAGGACAUUGGGCAGCAGCAGUGCGUCGGUGUCUCUUCGUAUCCUCUUUGAUGAAGCAAGACUACAGGCAGAGGCGUUUAUUGAAGAGAAUCUCUCUUUCCAUGUCCAGACGUUGGAGGAAAGCGUGAGCAAUGUGGAAGACGAAUGCCUCGGCAUCAAACAGAUCCUUUCUGGUGAUGAAUUCAUUGCAUUAACGGAGGAUGUUGAACCUAUUAUUCAGUACUUGGACGAUAUCAAAGUUAAGCUUACUGAGAUUCAGGCAAGUGAGACUCAACUUACUCGCUAUGCAAAGUUGUUUGAUGUUCCUCCAAUCGAUUGGACAUGUCUUACUACAAUGGCCAACUUGCUGUUCGUGCGACAUGAAACGUGGACCUUGCUUGACACUUUUGUCAAGAACAAAGAGAUCUGGUUCACCUGUUCGCUGAAAGAGCUCGACACGCAUGCCAUGGAAGAUCAAGUGAACUUGUUGAUUCGUCAGUCAGGCGCUCUAAAUCGACAGAUUCAAGAAAAGGAAUACGGCGAUGAAGUGUUGGCACAUCUGUUGACUGAACUUCAACUGAUUCGCGGCAUCAUGCCUGUCGUUCAUGAUUGUGGUAAUAAGCACAUGACCCCCACUCACUGGAAUGUUGUGUUGAAGGCAGCUACUGGCACAGAUAAUCGCUAUCACGAGGGUCUCAACCUUCAAAGCCUUCAGGAGUGUAACAUUUUUGAACACAAGGAGAUUCUUUCUGAGCAGUCUGGAUUUGCCACAGGUGAGUGGAAGAUUGUCAAUGAUCUCGAUAAGGUCAAAAGUCUAUGGGACACUACCUCAUUUGAGACAAAACCGUAUAAGAAUCGUGAUGGGGUGUUUAUUUUAGAUCAGCUGGAGGAUGUUAUUCAGCAGCUGGAUGACAACCAAGUUGAAUUGCAAACAAUUAUGGCUUCAAGAUCUGUAGCACCUGUUCGUGAGCGUGUGGAAGAGUGGAUCCGUAACCUUCGACUUGUGAGUGAUGUUAUAGACGAGUGGAUCACACUUCAGAAAAACUGGAUGUAUCUGGAGUUUAUUUUCUCCUCAAAUGAUAUCAAGGCACAGCUUCCGGAAGAGAGUGCGCAGUUCAAUGUUGUUGAUGAACUGUUCCGCACUUUGACGCUGAAGGCCUGCACAGUCAAGAAUGUUUACCAAAUAUGCACUGAGAGUGGUACCCUUGAGCAAAUAAAAGAAAGCAACGCAAACAUUGACCACAUCCAGAAGAAACUUGAGGACUACCUGGAGACGAAGCGUGUUGCAUUCCCACGGUUUUACUUCCUUUCGAACGAUGAACUACUCUCUAUACUGUCAGAUGUGCGCAACCCCAAGGCCGUGCAACCACAUUUAUCCAAGUGCUUUGAUUCCAUUGCGGCACUUGCUUUCGGUGGGGAGGAGUGCUCGGAAAUUAAAGGAAUGAUCUCUGGUGAGCAGGAAGAGGUUGGGUUUGAGAAGACAGUGUACCCUGUUGGGAAUGUUGAGCAGUGGCUCUGUCAGAUUGAGUCAAUGAUGAAGGCUUCCUUGCUGAUGCAUAUGCGGAAGACGAUUGAGGCAUAUCCAGAAAAUGUGCGCGAGGAGUGGUUCUUCGAUCAUCCUGCGCAGUGUAUUCAGGCCGUUGAUAUGGUGGUGUGGACAGGUGAAGUUGAGCAGGCCAUAGCCGCCGGAACACUAGAUGCAUACCACGGAUCGUACCAGAAGCAGAUCCUUCGAACCGUCGACCUUGUGAAGAAGUCCUUGACGAAGCUGCAGCGAACGCUUGUUUGCACGCUAAUUGUGCUUAAUGUCCACAGUCGAGACAUUGUACAGACACUGCAUGAGGAUAAUGUCACAUCCCUCAGUGAUUUCUCGUGGGCACAGCAGCUACGUUAUUAUUGGGAGCCAACCGAAACGGUUAAAUCAGGGAUGAGCGUUGGUAUUCGCCACUGUGGUGCGCAUCUGUGGUACGGCUAUGAGUACCUGGGAAACCAGCCACGUCUCGUUAUUACCCCAUUGACUGAUCGUGCCUUCUUGACCUGUACGAGCGCUCUUGCAAUGAAUCUCGGUGCCGCCCCGCAGGGACCGGCUGGUACAGGUAAAACGGAGUCUGUGAAGGAUCUUGGCAAGGCACUCGCAAGACAAGUUGUGGUGUUCAAUUGUUCUGAUGGUAUCAACUACAAGACUAUGUCUCGCAUGUUUGCUGGCUUGGCGCAAGCAGGUGCAUGGGCGUGUUUUGAUGAGUUUAACCGUAUUGAACUGGAGGUGCUUUCUGUUGUAGCACAGCAAAUGCUUGACAUCACCACUGCUCUUGCCCAAUCCUUGGAGCACAUGGAAUUCGACGGGCAUUCAAUUAAACUGAGUAGAAAUUUUGGAGUUUUCAUCACCAUGAACCCUGGAUACGCUGGCCGUACAGAGCUGCCGGAUAACCUCAAGGCGCUUUUCCGCCCGAUCUGCAUGAUGAUACCCGACUACGCACUUAUCGCAGAAAUCAUGUUUUAUUCGGAAGGGUUUGCCGAUGCGCGGACACUGGCGCGUAAGAUGGUGCAGUUGUACAAACUGAGUUCUGAACAGUUGUCGAAGCAAGAUCACUACGACUUUGGUAUGCGUGCAGUGAAGUCUAUUCUUGUCCUUGCUGGAGGACUCAAGCGACAAAACCCUAACGAGGAUGAAGACAUGCUUCUGAUUCGUGCAAUGCGUGACGCCAACGUUCCCAAGUUCCUACGUGAUGAUACCGUCCUCUUUAUGGCUCUCAUCAAGGAUCUCUUCCCCACCAUCAAAAUUGAGGAGACGCAGAAUGAUCUGCUGCUGCGUUACGUGAAGCAGGAGAUGGAGAAGAACGGGCUACAAGUGGUUGAAGGUCUUGUGACUAAAGCACUACAACUCUUUGACACACUUGUUGUGCGUCACGGUGUCAUGUUGGUAGGACAGACGUUCAGUGGCAAGACAACCAUCUUGCACACACUGCAAGGAUCCUUGACGCAAGUUAAGGAAGACGGGCACGACCCGGAGGGCAGCAUACCACUCUUCAACCGCGUGCACAUUCACCUACUCAACCCAAAGUCGGUCACGAUGGGCGAGCUUUAUGGGCAGGUCAACGAGAUCACACGCGAGUGGACAGAUGGCAUUAUUAGCAACAUCGCGCGGAGCAUCACUCGGGAGGCGCAGGAGUCAGCUGACAGACAGUGGAUCGUCUUUGAUGGCCCUGUUGACGCCGUUUGGAUUGAGAACAUGAACACUGUCCUCGAUGACAACAAGCUGCUCUGUCUUUUUAAUGGUGAACGUAUCAAGCUUCCGGCGACCGCAACUUUUAUGUUUGAGGUACAGGACUUGGCGGUUGCGUCACCUGCAACGGUGUCUCGUUGUGGUAUGGUCUUCACGGAGCCGUACUAUGUGGACGGCGGGCGUGGGUGGAUCCCUAUUGCUAAGAGCCUUGUCGCACAGAAGGCUGCGCAGCUCCCCAAGUUCCGCGCUGAUCGCGUGAAUGAACUAUUGGAGCGUCUCCUUCCCAUGACGCUUGACUUCAUUCGCAAAGAGUGCCGCGAAUGGAUCGUAUCGGUGGAUGCGCAAUUGGUGGUGUCGUGUAUUGAGCUGCUCGCCGCAUUUGUGCGGACGCUUGACGACGAAAGCCUCUUGCCACCUGCAUUGAAGUCAAAGGAGAAACAAACAAAACAGGAUGCAAUCGACGAUUUGCUACCACCAACUAUUGUGAGGGCGUCUUCGACUGCCACACCCAUUGCAUGCGAGCCGGAAGAGUUCCGUUCUCCUGCCAUCACUGGUGAGGAUGUGCCAAUAAAUGAAGACACAUUGUUCGACAUGUACUUUUUCAUGGCAUUUGUGUGGUCAGUUGGUGGCAAUCUCCGCGACGACUCCCGUGAGGUCUUCAGUCGUUUUGUGAAGGAGCAUUUUGUGUCAAUGAUGCCGGAGAAAAUGUCACUGGGCGACAACCUCAGUGUAUACGACUAUGUUGUACAUAAGCCAUCGAUGCAGUUCCUUACGUGGCGUCACUUGGUGCCGACCUUCUUCUUCUCCACCAAUACGCCGUACUUUGAACUCAUUGUACCAACUGCAGAGACUGUGAGCAUUACAACGCUGCUCGGCCUCCUCACGACGAACUCGCGGCAUGUGCUGCUGAACGGUGUGACAGGCACUGGCAAGUCGCUCGCCAUGAUGGAUUUCGUGACUGGGGUGCUGCGCGGCGAUGACCCGUCGAGUCAGUGGGAGUAUUUUACUACCGUUCUCAGUGCACAGAGCCGCGCCCGCGAUAUUGAAGAUCGGGUGGAGGGGAAGUUGCACAAAAUACGCAGCAACGCACUUGGGCCAACGCCAGGGAAACGUGUGGUGUUUGUGAUUGACGACUUGAAUAUGCCGGCGCUUGAAAAGUACGGCGCAUCACCGCCGCUGGAGCUGCUGCGCCAGCUCAUCACACAGGGUGGAUUCUUUGACAAGCGUAAAUCCCCUGCAACAUUUAAGGAGCUGCAUGAUAUCGUGUACCUUGCCGCCUGUGGUGUGGUCGGUGGUGGAAGAAACGAGAUGACGAAACGGUUAGUGUCACGCUUCCAUUUGCUCUGUCAACCAGUCUUCAGCGAUUACUCUAUCCGCCGCAUAUUUGGUUGUAUUCUGUACGGUUUUCUCUCAGCCUGGAACGAGCCGAAUAUGCAGAGUCUUUCGGGUGACCUCGUAGAGGCUAUCAAGCAGUGCUACGACCGCAUCAGCCGCGAGAAGCUACCAACACCUAAACGGUCCCACUACACCUUCAACUUGCGCGACUUCAGCAAGGUAGUACAGGGCAUCAUGCAAUUGUCGCCGCACAGUGCACCCAACCGUGACACUCUGCUCCGCGCCUUUGUGCACGAAGUAAGCCGUGUGUUCCACGACCGUCUUAUUGACGAUCAAGAUCGUAGCUGGUGGUGGAAGACUUUGAGUGAGGUAACGCACAACGUCCUUCACAUGAAUUGGGAUCCCAAACUUGAGAAUGUUUUAUUCGGUGAUUACAUGCGGCGUGAUCGUGCGCACUACGAGGAGGUGCCCGAAGGGGAUUCGCUGCAUGAGACCCUCGCCGAGUUUCAGUCUAACUAUAACAUUGAGUUCAACAAGGUGGUGGAGCUCGUACUGUUUAGAGACGCGAUUCACCACAUCUCCCGCAUCUGCCGUAUUUUGCGGCAGCCACGCGGCCACGCGCUGCUAGUAGGAAUGGGUGGCACGGGAAGGCAGUCACUCUGCAAACUGGCGGCAUUCAUGUGUGAUCUACCGGUGUACGAGAUUUCCAUCACACGCACCUUCAGCAUGACGGAGUUCCGAGACCGCAUGAAGGAGAUCCUGCUGGCGAGUGGCUGUAAAGCACAGCCUGUACUCUUCUUCCUCUCUGACACCCAAAUCGUGUGGGAAGAGAUGCUGGAGGAUGUAAACAACCUUCUCAACACAGGUGAGGUGCCGGGAUUGAUGCAGAACGAUGAUAUUGAUCAAAUCGUGGAGUCUGUCCGGCCGCUCGCAAUAGAGGCUGGUAAAAAGGAAACACGCAAUGUCAUCUUUUCCCAUUUUGUCUCACUAUGCCGUGACAAUGUGCACGUUGUACUGGCGAUGUCACCUGUCGGCGAACCGUUCCGUCGUCGUCUGCGCAUGUUCCCAUCAUUGGUUAACUGCUGCACCAUUGACUGGUUUGAUCAGUGGCCUGCGGACGCGUUGGCUUCCGUAGCCAAACGUCUCUUCGCAACGCUUUCGUUGGAUAAAGAGACCAAAGCGUGCCUCAUCAAACUUUGCGUUUCCAUCCACGUGGACGUGCAGGCACGCUCCGAAGAGUUUUACGAAGAGCUGCACCGCCGCAACUACACUACACCAAGCUCCUACCUCGAACUUCUGACAAGCUACCGCAGACUUCUUGCUGAGCAGAGCGAGCAGAUCAAGGAGCAGGUACAACGAUACCAAGGCGGUUUAGACAAGUUGCAAAGCACACAGGUGCUUGUCGACGAGAUGAAAGAGCAGCUCGUGCAGAUGCAGCCUAAACUGCUCCAGGCUGCGCGCGACACGGAGGAAAUCAUGGAAAAGGUUAAACAUGAGCAGGAGAGUGCGCAGGUGGUGCGCGUGCAGUGCGCGAAGGAGGAGGGUAUUGCAAUGGGUAUCCGCCGCGAGGCUGACGGCAUCCGUGCUGAGUGUCAGGCGGAGCUGGACAAGGCAAUGCCAAUCCUGCGCGCUGCAGAGAGUGCACUUGAUGAGCUUCGCCCUGAAGACAUCCGUGAGGUGAAGAGCUUCCAGAAACCAGCAGCGCGUGUGGUGCUCGUACUUGAGGCUGUGCUGAUACUGCUUGGUGAGCGCGACCUGAGCUGGGACCGCGCGAAGCUCGUGAUGGGCCGCAUGGACUUCAUCAAGGACCUGCAGAACUACAAGAAGGACGACCUAACUGAGCGUACGGUGCGGGCAAUACAGAAGUACAUUAACAACCCCGACUUUCAGCCGGAAGAGGUGGCGAAGAGCUCUAAGGCCUGUAAGUCGCUCUCCAUGUGGGUACUGGCGAUCAACAACUACUACGAGGUAGUGAAGGUGGUGGCACCGAAGCGGGAACGCCUCGCGCAGGCAGAGGCGAAACUCGCAGUUGCCACCAACACUCUUCGUGAGGCGCAGGAUCGGCUAAAGGGCAUCGAGAACGAGAUUAAUGCUUUGAAACGAACAAUGCAAGAGAAUAUUGAAAAGAAGGAAAAGCUCGAAAAGGACAUUGAACUUACGAAGGUGCGUCUCAACCGGGCAGAGCAGCUGAUGAGUGGACUGUCACGGGAGCAGAGCCGCUGGGCGAGUUCCAUUGAAUUUCUACAGGAUGAGAUGGCUGGUCUUCCGGGCAAAAUUGCCCUCGCGGCGGGUUUUGUCGCGUACUUGGGCCCCUUUACCGCGACCUACCGCUCACGCAUGGUGCAGGCGUGGCGGAAGAAGUGCAUUGAGCUCCGCAUUCCCAUUGGUUCCAACACGUUUGACUUCACAAGCAUGGUGAGCCCUGUUCAGGUGCGGCACUGGUGCGCCAAGGGCCUCCCACAGGACCCGGUGAGUAUCCAGAACGGCGUCAUUACACACAAGUCAAAGCGUUGGUGCCUCUGCAUUGACCCGCAAGGUCAGGCGUGUAACUGGAUUCGGGCCAUGGAGCGUGAUAAUAACCUUCGAACUAUUAAACUUACGGACCCAUCGUACAUGCGGGUGCUGGAGAAUGCUAUUCGUGUUGGGCUUCCUGUGCUAAUUGAGAACGUCGAAGAAAAUGUUGACGCCGCGCUCGACAGCGUUCUGCUGCGCCAGACGUACCGUUCACAAGGUCGACUCCUACUCAAACUGGGUGACACCGAAAUUGACUACGAUCCAGCUUUCCGGCUGUACAUGACGAGCAAGCUUCCCAAUCCCCACUACCUGCCUGAACUGCAGAUUAAGGUGACAGUGAUUAACUUCACGGUGACUCAGCGCGGGCUCGAGAAUCAGUUGCUGGCCGAUGUGGUGCGAUACGAGUACGCCGAUCUCGAGGCACGGGCCAUCAAGACUGUGACCGACAUUGCCAACGGUAAGAAUCAAUUGAAGGAGAUUGAGGACCGCAUCCUGCAUCUACUGACAUCGUCCACUGGAAAUAUUCUUGACAACGAGUCACUUGUUCGCACCCUAAGCGAGGCAAAGGAGACAAGCGAGGCAGUGACAAAGUCCCUUGAAGUGUCAGAGGAGACGCAGAAGGACAUUGAUUUGGCGCGUAAUCGCUACCGUCCAGUAGCGACGCGUGGUGCCAUCAUCUACACUGUUGUUUCGCAGCUCUCGGGGCUGGAUCACAUGUACCAGAUCUCUCUCGACUUCUUCAAGCAACUUUUUGUGCAUUCACUGCAGCGCACGGAGAAGGCGAGUGACGUUGAUGAACGUGUUGCCAUACUUCUUCCAGCAGUGACGCUGGAUUCAUACAGUACUGUCUGCCGUGGUCUCUUUGAGAAGGACAAAUUGUUGUUCGUUGUGCUGAUGUUCUCGCACAUAUUCCGUCACGAGGGGUCGGUGCGUGAUGUGGAGUGGGAGUUCCUCCUACGCGGAAGCGAAGGCCGCUUAUUGGUGGAUUCCGACACGGAUAUAUGGCCUACAUGGAUGAACGAGGCGGCGUGGAAUGAGUUGACGGCGCUGUCACAGGCCAUUCCAGACACUUUUGGUCAAAUCAAGGAUGACGUGUACGACAAUGAGACGGAGUGGUCAAACUGGUUCACCAGCGACAAGGCAUAUGAAUGGCAGCCCAGUUCCACACAGGACCUCUCGCCAUUUCAGCGGCUGCUGGUGCUUAAGGCGUGCCGCGAGGACCUGACGAGCUACGGUUUGUCUAUUGUCUGUGCGCAUUACCUCGGCAAAGCGUUUACAGAAAGUCCCGCGUUUGAUCUCGAGGCAUGCUUUGCUGACAGCACGCCAACAGCACCGAUCAUAUUUGUGCUUACACCUGGUAGUGAUCCGACUGUGCUCUUCACAGAGUUUGCUGAACGCAAGGGCUUUGGCGAACGCAAGUUUGUUCUCUCGCUGGGACAGGAUCAAGGACCGAAGGCCGAGGAGAUGAUCCGACAAGCAUCGACGGAAGGUAUGUGGGUUUACCUGCAGAACUGUCACGUGUAUGAGUCAUGGAUGCCCUCGCUGGAGCGCUGCCUGGAGGAGUUGCAGACGUCACCCAAUGUGCAUGAAAGGUUCCGGCUGUGGCUUACGACGAUGCCAACGCGGAGCUUCCCAGUGCUGCUGUUGCAGUCUGGUGUGAAGGUUGUGAAGGAGCCACCGAAGGGCCUCAAGGCGAACAUUCGUGACAGCUUCUCUACCGAGGUGACGCAAGCGCUGUGGGACAGUCGUGCCACAAGCGCGACACCAUGGCGCCGCUUAUUGUGCUCGCUCACUUAUUUCCACGCCGUCAUUCAAGAGCGGCGGAAGUUUGGUCCGCUUGGCUGGAACAUUCCGUACGAGUGGAACCAGUCGGAUUUCUCUGCGAGCCUACAUUCCCUCGGGGCGUACCUCCCAGAGGAGGGUGCCGUGCCGUGGGGUGCGCUGCGGUACAUGAUUGGCAUCAUCAACUACGGUGGCCGCGUCACAGACUUCCUUGACACCCGUGCCCUGGUGAACACUCUCAGUGCCUUCUUCAACGAUGAGGUACUGCAGCCGGGGCAGUUCAACAUGACCGCUGACGGUGUCUACUGUAUCCCAGCGGAUGUGGACUCCCUCGACGCGGUGAAAGAAUACUUGGCAAAUCUGCCACCUUUUGAGAGCCCGGAGCUGUUUGGGCUGCACGCCAACGCUGACAUUGCGUACAACCGCGCCACAGCCCGCAGUCAGCUGGCGAUGAUGCUCUCAGUGCAGCCACGUCGCAAAGGGGCAACAGGACUGAGUCCUGAAGAGAAGGUGCUCGAGAUUAUUGACGAGUUCGAGCAACGGCUCCCUGAAGUAGUUGAUAAAACUCGGGCGAGUCCUGAGACUUACCAGAUAACAGGGGACGGUGCGAUGAUUUCGCUCGGCACUGUGGUGAGUCAGGAGAUCGAUGUCUUCAAUGCGAUCCUUCGGAAGCUGGAGCAGUCGCUCCGCGAGCUGAAGCGUGGUAUCAAGGGCGAGGUCGUCAUGUCGGCGAAGCUGGAGAGCAUGUUUGACGCCUGCCUCCUUGGUCAGGUGCCGCAGAUAUGGCACGAGGGUGGCUACCUCUCGCGGAAGCCGCUGGCGUCGUGGUUCCAGGACACACUGCAACGCGUAGAGUUCUUCCGUGACUGGAAUGACAAUGGUAUGCCGAUGAGCUUCUGGAUCUCCGGCUUCUUUUUCCCACAGGGCUUCCUUACUGGUGUGCUGCAGGCGCACAGCCGCGAGCACAAGAUACCGAUUGACGAUAUCCGCUUCCGCACCAACGUGACACGCUACGAAGAAGUGGAGGAUAUUGUCGCGACACCGUCGUCGGGGGUGUUGAUUCACGGCCUCUUCCUUGAGGGGGCGCGCUUCUCAACUGGUGCGUCCGUGCUGGAGGAGAGCCGCCCACGCGAGUUGUACACCUCGAUGCCAGUGAUUCACCUCGAGCCGGUGCGGCUGAAGGACCGCGCGGCAACAGCAGCAACGUACGAGUGCCCGAUGUACAAGACCUCUGCACGUGCGGGUGCGCUCUCGACGACGGGAUUGUCAACGAACUACGUUGUGUCACUCGAUCUCAACUCGGGGGAGGCGACGCCGGAGCACUGGAUCCGCCGCGGCGUUGCGCUGCUCUGCAUGCUGGACGACUAA